AAAUCUCAUCAGUUUUAGAUUCCGACAGAUGAAACUUUCAUCACUUGCUGCGGUUUUCAAUCCGUCAAAAGUUUUCAGAAAAGGCGGUGAAAUUUCAUUCUCUCCCGCUGAAAUUUUCGCCAAAAUUUUCUAUAUUUUAAUUCCUUUCUCUUAUGUUCUUGUAAAACGAAAAUCUGGUUUUCCUUUAUCUUUCCUCCCGUUCUUCUCCAGUGAAGGAGUUUGUUGAGAGGAUUUUUCAAUCGAAGGAUUUAAAGGAGUAAACUUGAAGGUGAAGUUUCCCUUUUUUUUGUAUUAGUAACAAUCUCUUUUUGUUUCUUUGUUUCUUUGAUUAAGGACUGGUUUUGCUUUUAAUUGCUUGUUUUCAUUGUUUUACAUGAGCUAAAGGAGUAAACUUUCAGGUACUUACGGUUGCUUGAAUAAUUUUUUACUGAUUGUAUCCAUCGUUAUUUUAUUUCAAGGAUAUUGUGAUUGAUAAAUGGAUAAGAGUUGGGUUUAUUAUGAAAGAUCAAGUAAGGAGUUUCAUGAAGGGCUGUGUUUGUUCCUGAACUAUGCGUUUGAAAAUGGGUUUGUUACUGAAGAUAACAAAGUGAGGUGUCCAUGCAAGAAGUGUGCCAAUGUUCAUUACAAAACUAGAGAUGAGAUAUAUGAUGACUUAGUUAGCUAUGGUAUGUUAAGGAGCUAUACAAGAUGGUAUCAUCAUGGUGAAGGGUUCAGAACAACAUUUCCAUGUAACUUGGGGGCUGAAAAUACUAAUGUGGAUCAGGUUAUUAUGGAUAACAAUGGGGAAGAGGUUGGAGAUGACAUUACGAGAAUGCUGCGAGAUGCAUAUGGAAUGGAUAUGGGUGAUAUGUUGGAUGCAGAAAUGAGUGGGAUGCCAAGUGAUAGUUCAGCUGCGCAAUUUUAUAAGUUGCUAGAAGAUUCAAAGAAGCCGUUAUACCCUGGAUGUGAUAAGAUGUCGAUGAUGUCUUUUCUUAUUAGAUUUGGAACUAUAAAUGUGUUGGUAGGAUGUCUGACAAGUCAUUUAAAGAGAUGCUUCAACUCAUGAGAGAAUCAUUUCCAGAAGGGUGCACAUUGCCGGAAAAUUUCACACAGUGUAAGAAGGUACUAUCAGAUUUGGGAUUGUCUUACGUUAAAAUUGAUGCGUGUCCCAAUGAUUGUAUGUUGUACUAUAAAGAGACUGCGGAUCUUGAAUCUUGUAAGGUUUGUACAGCUUCUUGUUACAAAGAUGGAAGAUUAAAAACGCCAGCUAAAAUACUUCGUCACUUUCCUUUAAAGCCUCGGCUACAACGGUUGUUCAUGUGUUCUAAGACUGCAGGAGAUAUGAGAUGGCAUCAUGAAGGGCGUACAAAAGAUGGGGUAUUGAGACAUCCAUCUGAUUCCGAAGCUUGGAGGCAUUUUGAUGAGAUGAAUCCAACUUUUAAGGCAGAUCCAAGGAAUAUCAGAUUAGGUUUGUCAACUGAUGGGUUUAGUCCAUAUAGUUCAAUGAGAAAUCCGCAUAGCACAUGGCUUGUGGUUCUGUUACCCUAUAACUUACCACCAUGGUUAUGCAUGAAACAACCUAACAUGAUAUUGUCUUUGCUUAUACCAGGCCCGCAUAGUCCAGGUAACGACAUUGAUGUGUAUUUGAGACCAUUAAUAGAUGAGCUGAAGGAAUUAUGGGAGGAAGGGGUGGACACAUAUGAUUCCUCACGAAAUGAAAUGUUCAAUCUGAAAGCGGGAUUACUAUGGACUAUAAGUGAUUAUCCUGGACUUGCAAUGCUCUCUAGAUGGAGUAAUAAAGGUAAGUUGACAUGUUCAACGUGUCUUGAAGAAACUCGGCACCAGUGGUUGAAAAAUGGAAGAAAAACAGUCUAUAUGGGCCAUCGACGAUUCUUACCGAUGAAUCAUAGGUUUCGCACCACACUUAAGAAAGAUUUUGAUGGGGAAGGUAGAACUUAGCCCACGUCCAAACCCAUUGUUAGGGCCAGAUAUCUUGAGCUUGCUGAAAGACAUUCCACACACAUUUGGGAAACAGUUCGAGGAGAAUUUGAGGGGAGAUCAUCCACGCAAGAGAAAAUCACGAGGAUCAUGUAGAGUCGCAAAUAAUAUGCCAAGCAAUUGGAAGAAAUUGAGUAUCUUUUAUGAACUUCCAUACUGGCUUAAUAAUCUUCUCAAACAUAACAUAGAUGUGAUGCACACUGCAAAAUUGUAUGUGAUAGUGUUCUGGGUACAAUAAUGGAUAUUGCUAGAAAAACUAAGGAUGGUCUUAAAGCUAGAUUUGAUAUGCAACUCCUGAAGAUUAGACCUGAACUUCAUCCAAAGCCAUUACCAAAUGGGAAAUACUUCUUGCCAGGAGCAUGUUAUUCCAUGGAUAAUCCAAAAAAGACUAUGUUUCUUAAUGUCUUGAAGAAUAUGAAGACUCUGGAUGGUUACUCAGCAUACAUUGCGAGGUGUGUAAAUGUCCAGCAACGUAAAAUUUUUGGUCUAAGAAGUCAUGAUUCACAUGUGCUCAUGCAGCAGCUUCUACCUUUGGCAUUCCGAAAGACGUUACCUUCUAAGGUCAGUAAAGUGCUAAUGGAGUUGAGUUCCUUUUUCCGUGAACUAUGCUCCAAGGUGUCACGUCCCGAAGAUUUUGAAGAGUUGGAGAAGCGCAUUGUUACCAUUGUUUGUGAAUUAGAGAGGAUUUUUCCACCUGCCUUCUUCGACAUUAUGGUUCACUUGCCUAUCCAUUUGGCAACAGAAGCACGUUUAGGAGGACCUGUGCAGUAUCGGUGGAUGUAUCCCAUUGAACGGUAUUUGUACACUUUGAAGAAAUAUGUAAGGAAUAAAGCUCAUCCAGAGGGAUCUACUGCUGAAGGAUAUUUGGCUGAUGAAUGUGUUACAUUCUUGUCGAGGUACCUCAAAGAUGUCGAGUCAAGAACCAAUAAACCACCUAGAUACGCAGAUGAUACUCCCAUUGGGAAAACCGUGAGAUUUGCUCUAACUGGCGAUCAAAAGAAGAAGAUGCAUGACUAUAUCUUGUCUAAUGAUGAUGAUGUGGCUCCGUACAUAGCGCAACACAAAACUACACUGGCUAUGAUGCACCCAAGACUGAGUGACCUUGAACGCCUGCGAAAGCACAAAUAUGAGUUUGCUGAUUGGUUUAAGAAUCAUAUUAGGUUGCUUGUGAAAUCUAAAGUGAGUAUUGUUGAAGGAUUGGAUUUGCUUGCUGAAGGACCUUUUUCAACAGUGAGAAAAUUCACCGGCUAUACAACACAAGGCUAUAAUUUCAAAGUUGUAAGUAAAGAAAAUGGAGCAAAGACACAGAAUAGUGGUGUGGUGGUCGAUUCAACAGCGCCUUCCUUUAGAAAUGGAGUAGCUCAGAACCCAAGCAAUGAUGCAGAACGCGCGUACUAUGGAGUACUUACCAACAUAAUUGAGUUGACAUAUAGACAAGGUCACUCAUACGUGUUGUUUGAGUGCAACUGGGCUAAUGUGGUGAACACUUCAGGCAGAACAAGGACUUCUGGUUUGAAGACUGAUAGCUUAGGGUUCACUCUUGUGAAUUUUAACCAUCUCUUGGGGACACAACGGGAGGAGCCUUAUGUGUUAGCCUCUCAAUGUCGACAAGUUUUUUAUGCCCAAGACCCUGUAGAACCUGAAUGGGAUGUUGUGGUCAGGAAUAAACCUAGGGAUAUUUUUGACAUGAGUGAUGAUAAUCCAGAUCAACUACUGGAUAACCUUCCAUUUGGGAAUGAAGUCAACAAUGAAGAUGAUGACAUCAUUUGUGUUAUAAAUGAUGGGACUGGGGUGAUAGUUGAUGCUCCUACGAGAAAUGGCAGUGGAGAUCGAAUAUGGGUUGAAGAAGAAGAAGAAGAGGAAGAAGAAGAGGUAGAAGAAGAAGAAGACGCCGACGAAGAAGUAGAGUCAGAAGAAGAGGAAUUUGUGGAUGGGUUUUCAGAAGAUGAGAGUGAUGGCUAUGGUAUUGAGUUAGACAGUGGACCAGAUGAUGAUUCUUAAACAUAUUCCAAUUUUUCAUUCCUGCAUUGCUUGGUCUCCUUAUAAC